ACCAUACGGACGUACAAAUUUGAAAAGAGUGCUUCUUUUCCUUUCAGAGAAUUCGAAUCUUCCUUGGUAUUCUCGCUGUAUAAAAAUCAAAAUAAUUAAAUAAAGAAUCGACGUUGUUUUCUUCAUUUGUUCAAUUCAUGGUUUUGUUCUAAAUGAAAGAAUUUCACGGGUUUGAACUUAUGAGGUGGCAUUUUUAAUAAUGAGUUGGCAAUGGAACCAACGUAAAUUAUUCACAAUAGAAAAAAAUUAAGAAAGUUAUAAAACGGAUUUUCGUCUAAAUUUUCUUUUGUUCUGUGAUCUCGCAAAAACCCUCACAAACGCAAACAAAAUGGAUUUACAUAAUAAUAUUAGCCGGAUUGCUGAUCAGUGUGCGACAAAUGAAACUGACACCGAUUUUGAUGAUACAAUUAAGCCGGUGGUGAUGAUUUGUUUCAGUUUAAUCGGCAUUACAGGCUUUUUAGGCAAUGUUUUGGUGAUUUUUGUUGUGCUAAUGAAUCCACAAAUGCGCUCAACGACAAAUCUACUGAUUAUUAAUCUCGCAAUCGCCGAUUUGUUAUUUGUUGUAUUUUGUGUUCCGUUUACGGCGAUCGACUAUGUGACUGAUGAGUGGCCACUUGGGAAUGCAUGGUGUAAAAUUGUUCAAUAUUUAAUAAUAGUUACUGCAUUGGUUUCGAUUUACACUUUGGUUUUGAUGAGUUUGGAUCGCUUUUUAGCCGUCGUUUUUCCCAUAUCGAGUCGAACGUUGCGAAAUGAACGAAAUACUCUAAAAGCCAUUACAAUUUUAUGGCUACUUAUAUUACUUACAGCCACUCCCGUCAUCUUUGCCCAUGGAGUUGUGACUGAAACAUAUGGGUCUAUCGACUACAAGCUUUGCGUAUUCAAAAGUGGUGGCAUUUCAUUUGCCGCCUUUCACAUAAUAUUCUUUUCGAGCUCAUAUUUAAUACCAUUAACACUCAUAAGUGGUUUAUAUGCAUUCAUGUUACGUUUGUGGCGUACAGUUGUGCCACACAAUCGGACAAAUGGAACGAGAGGGCGAGGGCGAAAACGCGUGACGAGACUUGUAUUUGUUGUUGUUGCUGCAUUCGCAUUACUCUGGUUUCCGAUACAAGUAAUAUUGUUGCUAAAGAGUUUAAAACUAUUUAAUACAUGCACACGAUUUGAUAUUCUGCUGCAAAUUGCGUCGCAUGUACUGGCCUAUACCACAGCCUGUAUCAAUCCAUUAUUGUAUGCGUUUUUGUCGGAAAAUUUUAGAAAAGCAUUUAAAAAGGUCAUAUAUUGCGGUCCAACAAGGCGGUAUAGUUAUCAUCAUGCAUUGUCUUCAAAAUCGAUUCGCACAGGCAGCACAGUUACACCGGAACAUGUUUAAUAUAUUUAAGAUACAAUUAAAUUGAUUGAUAAUUUAUUCAAAAAUAAAAUUUCGAUCUUGAAAUAAAUAUUUAUAAAAAGUGUGUAACCUAUUUACGAAUAGAUUUGAUAAAUAAAAU